AUGUCAGAAAAAGAGGUAACAGUAUUUGUUAUUGAUUUAGAUAAAAGAAUGAAAAAUUGCGAAAAUAAUAGGACACAAAGCAAUCUUGAAUGGGUACUUAGUUAUUUUUGGAAUAAAAUAUCAUCAAAAGUACUUUCAGGACGAAAAACAGAUUGUGUAGGCGUAGUUGGAUUUAAAACAGAUGAAACAAAUAAUGAUAUGGAAGAUGAUAAGUUUUAUGAAAAUAUCUCAGUUUUAUGUCCUAUUCAACAAAUUACGAUAAAAGAGAUAAAAGAAUUGAAGAAACAAUUAAUUCCGAGUAAUACGGAUGUUGGUGAUGCUAUUUCAGCAGUGAUUAUUGGAAUUGAUUUAAUAUCAAAAUACUGCAGAAAUCUUAAAUAUAUUAAAAAUCUUAUAUUGAUUACAAAUGGAGAAUCAGAUAUGAAUUUUUCAGAUUUGGAAAAAAUUGCAUAUCAAAUUAGAUAUAUGUCUAUAAACUUUUCAAUUUUUGGCAUUGAUUUUGACACUAAUGGAUACAAAGAAGUUGCUAAAAAUACCAUAAAAUUAAAUAAUGAAAAAAAUCUUUUAAAGUUCUCAAAUAUCUCUAACGGAACUUUUUCUUCAAUGGUUGAGGCUAUAGAUUCUCUUAAUAUACCUAGCGUUAAAAAAAUUCGUCCAAUAUCUUUGUUUGGUGGAAUUUUAAGCAUAGGCUACUCUCAGAAUUAUUCUAAUGUUAUUGAAAUUAUGGUUCAAAGAUAUCCUCGUACUAGAUUGGCCAAAAUGCCUGCUGCACAUAGAUACAAUGUUUCAGGAAUUAUACCUAAAUCUACAGAUUAUAAUAAAGAAUCGACAAAAACAUCUACUAAUUUAAGUGAUGAUGACAAAAAUGAAUGUUUCAAUGAAAUAUUGACUACAAAAAGCUACAAAAUAGAAGAAGACGGAGACGAAAAAGAAAUAUCUAAAGAAGACCUUGAAUUAGGAUAUAUUUAUGGAAAAACAAUAGUUCCUGUUAAUAUUAUAGAUGAAGAAGAAAUGGUGUAUAAGGAAGAUACGGGAUUAACAAUAUUAGGAUUUAUAAAAAAUAAAUCAUUUCCUCGGUUUAUUGCUUUAGGAGAAGCAAAUAUAAUUGUUCCAGCCAAAGCAAAUUUAAAUGCAAAAAUUUCAUUAUCUUCUUUAGUACAUGCAAUGUUAAAAACUAAUACCUUAGCACUAGCAAGAAUUGUAACAAAAGCAAAUAAAUUUCCAGAAAUGAUUAUAAUGGCACCAUCUAUUGAAAAUAACUUUGAAUGUUUAAUAGAGCUUACUUUACCUUUUUUAGAAGACUGUAAAAAUUUCAAAUUUCCAUCUAUAAAAAAAGAUAAUAUAUUAUCUAAUAAAAAAGGUUCUUCUAUGAAAGAUAUAGACACUCUAAUGGAAAAAUAUGUCACAAAAAUGGAUUUAUCUAACAAAACACAAGAUAAUAAUAUCAAAAAAACAAGCCAGCUAAAAUCAAUGUGUAUAUAUAAUAUAGCAUUAUAUCGUCUUAAUCAAGCGAUUUCUUCAGCUGCUAUAUAUCCUGACUUAGAAUUGAAAAAUUUAUUACCAGACAUUAAACAAUUUAUGUACCCUUCUGAUGAUCUUUUAAAAAGGUGCGAAGAAGAAAUAAAAACUCUUUCGGAACUCUGUAAUAUUAAAGAAACCAUUCUAACAGUGCCAGAAUCAACUGUACCCUAA